AUGAACCAACAAAUGAGUGUGUCUGUUAGGGCUCUGCUCAGCAAAGCUACUAAUAACACAAAUGAUCCAACUCCAGGUUAUGUAUACCAUGAGCUUAUUGAACAUUGCAAAUCAUAUCCUAAAACGGCUCAACCCAUCAUUUCCUACUUGUUGAAAAAGUUAGAUAGGGAACCAGUAGUAAGACUUAAGACGAUAAAAACCCUGAAGUUCAUGUGCGAAAACUCUUCCCACGAAUUCACACGCUGCUUAUCGCACCAUACGGAUAUACUGAAAUCUUGUUUACAUUUGGAUGAUGUAGACGAAUAUCACCGGUCAUUAAUUUCACAAGAAAUUGAAAAUUUGCUACAAAUUCUUUAUUCUGGUUCAUAUAAACCAUCUUUAGCUACUAUUUACCCACAAAGAAGUAAUGAUUGUAAUAAUGGAAACGAUACAACUUACCAACCAAACUCUGUCAUAAACACACAUUUUAACCAUGCUAACUUCAAUGCCAAGGGAUAUGGAAAUACAAAUUACAUCAGUGAUAGGAAAGGCGUGAGCCAAUCUACGACCAAACGAGCGAUUUCCUAUAUUCAAAACCUUGCAAAUAGAUAUGUACCUCCGAAGAUUUUGGACCACGUUGAACGUAUUGGAUCUAUUGUAGUUGAAAAGGCUAAAACUGCAACUUCUAGUUUCAAUACCACAUUCAAUUCCCAACAACCCAGUCCUAUAAGGAUGCCUAAUACAAAUUUCAACACUACAAUUGCUCAGAUUAAGGGAAAUAAGGAAAAUUUUGAAAAGGAGGAAGCUGUAUUUUUGGAAGCUAUGAAGACAGGAGGGGUGAUGGUAGCUCCAUCAACGCAGGUCAUUGAAUUGAUGUCUAAAAAAGCAUCUAAACUAGACCCUAGAGGAAUUGCUGCCGCUGUAAUUAAGUGCCUAUCGGAACCAGAUAUCAAAAAUGGCAAGUCAUAUUGUCGAGCCCUUUGCUUGCUAGAGGGACUACUUAAAUCAGAAUAUCUGUCAAAUGAACAAAACCAAAUACUCUCAGAUUACAUUAUUGAACAUGGUUUAGAAUGUUUGUAUCGGUGCAAAGUAUCUCCGCCAUUAAGGAAAACAUCGGAGAGGGUUCUAAGGUUAUUGAAACUGCAAGGACCAGAUGACAUUUUGGACACAGAUAUAUCUGAGCUUGACUACAAAGAAGAUAAAAAAGAAUCACUCAUCACCUUUUCAAACUCUCCAGUAGGAAUUAAUAAGAAUUUACUGGAUUUAUCGCCCACUUCCUCCAAUCAAAAAACUAAUAACCUAGAUUUUCUUAAUGGCAAAUUACUAUCCACUAAUGCUAACACUUUUGCCGUAGCUAAUACAGAAUUUGAUAUGUUAGAUUUUGGUACUGCUAAGUCUGAUAACAUAUGCAAUGGCGACGUUUAUGAUAAAAUCACAGAAUCCAGCAAUAAUAAUUUUCUGGGUGACAUUUCCAACAAUGACUUGUUCAAUUUCAUCGAGAAAGAACUUGAAAUCAGUAAAUAA